AUGGAAAUGCAACACUCGAAGAUGAUGGCCGUCAGAUAUGGCUACACGCCAGCCCUCAACGAUUACAUUUCACGAAUGGAACGUGCUCAAAACAUGUACGAUGCACAAGUCACGUCGUCCGCAAUCUUGCAAAUCGUAGCCAAGAUGGCCACUGCAAGCCGACCCCAAAGCCACUGCGGUAUUCCCAACACUAUCUCCAACAAAAAUCUCGGGAAAGGGCCUAGUGAUCAGCUGAAAUCUUUUCAAAGGCAGACAUCUGUUCGCUUCGCUGAAGUCAGUGAAGUCUGCUUUUUCGACAAAGAAGCCGCUCCCAAAGAUAGCGGAAAGGUUUCUUUUGGAAUGUCAAACGUUGGGGACGAUGGCACCGGGAGUAAGGCCUGGCGCAAAAAGGUGCAGAAACUCAAGGAGAACAUCAAGUGCCGUGAACAUGGCUUGAAGAAGGCCAGAGCCAGAACAUAUUGUUCUUGUGUCAUCCAUUUUGCCUAUGAGGAGGCUUCAAGGAGAUCAUCAGGGUCUAUGAAGAGUAAGGAUGAUGCGCCUCAACCGACGAUCUGCCCUAACAGCAAUGAACUGGCGUCAGAAUCGAGUCUGGACUCUUCGGUUCCCCGCCACCGGCCAGUUGCAGAGGUGUACCUCCAGGCCAUGCGCGAGGUCUACGACAUCAUGGCGGAAUUCGAGCGAAAGUAUGCCGGAAUCUUCAAACACAUCGAGAGGAUGCGGAGUUUGAGCCAGACUGCUAUUAAGCACAUUCAGGAGAUCUUUCCAAUGAGGAGUAAACGGUGGAGGGAUUUCUACGCUGAGACGGAAGACAGCGCUGAUGACGUUGCUGACGGCAUAACCACAGGCAGUGUGUCACCGAAGCCGGUCCGGGAAUACAAAGUUUGGAGCAGCUGUGCCCAGGGCUGGCAAUUCGACAAGGUCAUCAAAGCGAUAAACGAGUACAAGACGUUUCUAGAGGAUGUCGGACGGCAGGCCAAGCAAGAUGCACAGGCUGACGGAGGGAAGAACAUCGACGAAGAACAGGAUCACAACAUAGGCUUAGCAGCGUGUGCCGAAGCAAGAUGGAGCUUUGGCCGACAACAUCCUUUGCGGUCGUUCGUGAGGAAGUCAAGUCCUUUGGCAACCUGCCAAGGUACUUGA